AUGCCUCCGUCGGCGACUCUAGCUACCAAAAUCAAGGUUCAGCUCAAGCUGUCGAUCGCGAGACUGCGCAUGGUUCAGCAACGAGAUGAAGCGCUCUCCAAAACACAAAGACGAGCUAUGGCUCAGCUGUUGGAGGUCGGCAAGAUAGAUUCGGCACGAAUACGAGUAGAGAACAUCAUCCGUUCCGAUAUCACGAUCGAGCUAUACGAAAUCCUCGAGCUGUAUUGCGAGCUUUUAUUGGCUCGCGCAGGACUCCUGGAAGCUCCCACUUGUGACCCGGGCCUGGAGGAAGCGGUUAAGAGCAUUAUCUAUGCUGCGCCCAAGACCGAGAUCAAAGAGCUCCAGCAGGUUCGUAUUCUUCUUUGCGAGAAAUUUGGCAAGGAUUUUGCCUUAACCGCAGCCGACAACUCGGACGGUAAGGUAUCGGAGAAGGUUGUCAAGAAGCUGAGCGUCACGCCGCCUCGAGAAGAACUUGUCAUUGGAUACUUGGAGGAGAUUGCAAGGGCGUACGGUGUCAAUUGGCCAAAUAAGCCAAAGGACUUGGGAGAUGCCCCUGAUUAUUUGGAUAUCGACGAUGACAAUCCGAGUGGAGGCCAAGCACAGAAGAUUAUCGAACCAAGUCUUCCGGCAGACAGCAAAGAGGCGCAGGAAAGAGAAGACCUGAGCAGGGCAACGCCACCAAGAUCACUUGGUCCGGAAAGUCCUCUUCAUGUGAAUUUGCCGAGCCCGUCGACGGACAAUCCCCGUCCUCGGGUCACUCUGAAUUCAGUGGAGUUGAAGCCUAGCAAGAAGAUGGCCGAUGCUGGCAUUGCGAAGAAGAAGGAUGAACAGAAAGGGGGGACAGGUGGUGGUAUACCUGAUCUCGACGAAUUGUCAGCGCGGUUCGCAGCUCUCAAACGAUUAUGA